CCUUUUUUACCUUUCUAGUAAAAUUUGAAAGUAAUGUUCUUUGCGUAAUGUGAUCUUCACCGUGUUAUUUAAAGAGUAUGUUUAAAGCUAGUUACUAAAAGCUUGAUCUUAAACCUUUAGAGAUUAAGAUAAAGAGUCCAGUCCUCUAUCUUUCAUAACUUUUUUGUCUUCUUAUAACAUUUGAUUUUAACAAUACCUGUUCCAUGUGUUCUCAAGCGACAGAAGCAGUCAGUAGUUGAGAAGUGGUUGGCCAGCUGCUUAGUAUUGUUCUGAGCUGAUUAUUUUCACUCUGAAGUAGUUCUACCAAGUGAAGUUUUGGCUGAUGGUAGUUUUUUGGUCUUAGUGAAUCUUUUUAGGUAAUGAACUGAGGGGUAAAGAGAGUGCAUGGCAAGUCUCCUGUCACAUGCAAAUACUUAGAGAUGUGACUAAUUGUUUUCCUGGAGCCUGGUGUACUUGUUUUGGAUGGUAGCACAAAACCCCAAACCUUUGGUUAAACAUAUCUAACUUGUAUGCAGCUUAAUGUGACUGGCAAGAAACCUGUUUUGUUCUUUAAUAUUUUUGUGGCUUUUUGGCAUACCUUCUUUAAUUCUUAAAUUGGUUUCUUUUGGAGCUUUAAAAAAAAAAUUUAAAAAUCCUCUCAUAAGAUGGAGGAUGAAAAAAUCAGGAAUCAGUUGUAAAAGCACCUAAAAUAAGCUUUUCACUUUAAUUAUGUUCCUUAAGUAAAAAGUGUUUGGGAAUGAUUAGACCAUGGCUUUUAGUGUUUAGCCCUUGGCUGGUGUUGCAGUGAAAAAUGCAAAGUUAAGUGCUCCAAAGUUUUUGGUGGUUUUUUUCCUUCUAUAAAAUAUACAAAAGUUAGUUACAACUUAAUCAUGUUAACUAGGUUUGUUUGUAACUCUGGAAUUAAUGGUGUUCUUUGAAGGGAGAGUAUCUCUUAUUUUCAAGUAACUUAGUGGUGCAGUGUCUUUAAAGUCUGAGUGGGGCUGGUGCUGUAAUUUAUUUGCAUAUAAAGUAGCUUUAUUGCUAUUCUUGCUAUAAGAUAAUGAUUCUCUGCUUUCUGUCCAGAUUUGGCUGUGAUUUGGGGCACGAGUGUCAUUACACCUAAAGCUUCGUCAGCAGCUCUGUAGAGUUUUGCUUUGGGUUUUCUUGGUCAGCGUAAAUGUGGGCACAUUUCAGUGUUUUGUGGGAUCCCCUAUGCUUUUGCUCAGUGUGUGGGGCGUGGGCAGGGGUGAAGGCAAUGUUGUCCUGCCUCAGAUUUCCACAUUAGUGAGUGUGUUUGACUGGUACCUACAAGAAGGAAGGCACACUGCUACACAAACUGUGUUUCCUUUAGUCAGGGAUAGAUACCACUCUGACAGUUCAGCUCUUCCUUUUGUGUUUUGUGUGCUAAUCUUUUAUACUGGUAAAAUUCUUACUUUGAAGGUACUGCUAAUUUUUUAAUUUGACAUUAAAGCUAGUAAUUCAUGUCAGCAGACUUGAAAAAAAUGCUUAGAAUUCUAAAAUUAUAUCAAGUCUUAAAAUCUGAAGACUUCAGUGAGGGCUGAAAGUCCCUGUGCCUAAAGGAGUGGUGCAAAGUGAAUGUAAUUUGAUCCUUGAAAACCUGCUCACUGAAGUAGCUGAGCUCCUUAGUGUGUGUGCGUAUGCAAGCAGAAUCCUUGGCAGCACAUGCCCCUCCUGGGAAUGGUGUAGGUUGAGAACACAAGACUUGAGGAUCUAAUAUUUAAAAAAAAAAAGGAAGCAAAUUAAUAAAUUAAUUUAAAACAUCAAGCAUGAAGUCUGUAGUCAUGCAUGCAAGUCAGGCAAGGACAGAAUAACUGCUGUCUCUUAUGUGUUGAGAGAACAGAGAUGGGCUUGUGGGCACAGUGAUGUAUCUUCAAAGACACAGUGGUGUGAGUUUAGUUCUCUAUCCAUGAGAUAGUUAUUAUUGGGCAGUGUGGGUUUUUAAUGUCAGUAGAUGCAACACUCAGAUAUUUAUAUCUAAGUCCUGAAGCUUUCAGUGGCUAAGACUUGUCAGUGUUAAACCAUUAGUGCUAAAGGGAUUGACUGAGAAGUUAAAGAGAGCCAAGGUUACUUCUUCCAGUUCUGAUAACAUCACCUUGGACAAAAAGCACCAUUUCAGAGUGCAGAGAUACCCUUUUUUAUUAAAGGUGAUUAACUUAUCCAAGACCAUUGUGAUUAAAACCUCCAGCUGCAUGUUUGGGGAGAGAAGGGAGGGAGGAAUGUGAUGUGGCUGAUGUGCCUCUGUUUAUCAAAAGAGAGGCAGCAAAGUUAGCUGAGGUAUGGGAAUGUACUUAAGGACUUGGCUCAGGGUGUGUGCACUGCAUUGCCAUGUGGUGCCUAAACUGCAGUGCCUCAGAGGAUGGCUGAUUCUCUGUAUCACUUUUUGUUGUCUUGCAUCCAGGGUAGUGUGUUUUAUGCUGUCACUGUUACCUGUAUUAACCUUUAAGCUACUCCCUUUUAAAAACAAAAUGAAAAACAUGAAAAUAAAACCCAGAUUCUAUUGUUCAUGCUCAAAAGGUUCAGCCAAGUCCUUUGUCAGAAGACUCUCUAGUCUGGUAGUGGCACACCAGAGGUAAUUGCUGGAAGCUGAAGAUGAACUAAGAAGUGGGAAUAGGUGAAAAUAAACAUAAUUGCUUCAACACACAACUAAAGAAGAAGUUGAAUUCUUCUCUAAGAUUGAAAGCCUUUUUGAAGGCAGUGUUAGACAGCAGGGGUCAUUGCAGAUAAGAAGUGACUGGAUGGAUACAUAAUGACUCAUGAUGUUCAGGCAUAUGGUAUCCAGUUAUUCCUUCUGGUGUUCAGAGACUCCUGGGUUAAUGAAAUUGUUCCACCUUUACAAUUUGGUCAGUAGAGCAGACGAGGAAAAUGGUGUGGGCUUAGUCUUUUUUCUGCACCGUUCUUCCUCAGUGUCAAGAGACUGAGAAGAGGAGACAGGAUCAUCAUUCCUUAGGAUCCCACAGGUCCUCUAAGGAAUCUGAAGACAGUGGAUGUGAGGGCCUGUCAGCAAGCCUCAGUGCCCAUUCCAAGAAUUCUCCAGUACUGAAGAGAAGAGGAAAAAAAAACCACUAAAACACCAAAACCAGUUUUGUUGUCUAUCUCCCUUGCUGGCUUCAGUGCUGGCUGAAUGAUCAGCAGUGAAGCUGCCCUAAUGCCAAGACCAUGACAUGGUCCUCUUAAGCUCUGGUGCAGAAUCAGUCUGUUCUCAGCCUGCUUCUGGUGAAACUUGAAAGGGAGGAAUCUGUAUCCUCAUCUCCAUCUUGGGAAGUCUUCAGUCAUUCCUUUUUCUAUGUUGGAACACAACCUUUUGGAACUGAAGAUGGGAUCUCAAGGAUUUCUGGGAUUGUUCUCGCUACUCUGCAGGUUAUCAGGUAGCACUGAUUUCAAGUGAUAGUGUCAAAGUAAGACUUGAAUGAAGGCUGCAUUCAAUCUGCCUUGUGCCCAGCUAUCCCAUUAAUGCAUGUUACACAAGCAAGGAUUUGGCACAGACAUCCUAUUUCAUGGCUACCAACAGUCUUCACCUUACUACGUUCUGUCUUCAGUACAAGCCCACAGUGAUAGCAUGUGUGUGCAUUCACUUGGCCUGCAAGUGGUCCAACUGGGAGAUUCCAGUGUCAACCGAUGGGAAACACUGGUGGGAAUAUGUAGAUCCUUCAGUUACUCUAGAACUGCUAGAUGAGCUAACUCAUGAGUUUCUGCAGAUACUGGAGAAAACACCCAGCAGGCUCAAGAGAAUUCGAAAUUGGCGGGCAAAUCAGGCAGCUAGGAAACCUAAAGGUGAUGGACAGGUAUCUGAGAACUCACUUCUUGGUUCAUCUUUGGUCCAGAAUUCCAUUUUGGUGGAUACAGUGACUGGUGUAGCUGCAAACACAAGUUUCCAAAAACCAUCAACAUCAUUUCCCGCACCAGUACCUCUGACCUCAGGAAGUAUUUCUGUUCCAGACAGUCAUGCACCUGAAAAUUUGGCAAUAUUAGCUACAGGAAUGCCAAGUACCUCAUAUAGUUUGGCAUCACACCAGGAAUGGCCUCAGCACCAAGAGCAAACACGGACAGAACAAAUAUACUCUCAGAAGCAGGAGACAUUGCCUGGGAGUCAGUACAACAUGAACUUCCAGCCGGGAACAUCUGUGCAGAUGCACUCUGGAGUACAUCACAGACCUGACAAACUUGCUGAGCAUUCUACUGUCAAACAAGAGUAUUCUCAUAAGUCAGGAAACAAACACCACGGACAAGUCACUGCUCCUGUAAUAAUUCCUCAGAAAAUGUCUUUGGAUAAAUACAGGGAGAAGCGCAAACUAGAGACCCUUGAACUGGAUGUCAGAGAACACUAUGUAGCAACCCCAGGCGAGCAGCAGCAUAAAAAGCACCUGCAGCCACAGCCGGCCAGCAGCUCUUCUGUUACAUCUCCCAUUAAAAUGAAAAUUCCCAUUGGGAACGCAGAGAAGCCUGAAAAACACCUGUCUGAUAAGAAGGAAAAGGGUGGCUCGCUCAAACUGCGCAUACCCAUCCCACCCACAGAAAAGGGGGCCAGCAAGGAGGAGCUGAAAAUGAAAAUCAAGGUUUCUUCCUCAGAAAGGCACAGCUCGUCGGACGAGGGCAGCGGCAAGAGCAAGCACUCGAGUCCCCACGUCAGCAAAGAGCACAAGGACAAACACAAGGAGCACUCGCUGAACCGCCACCAUGGCGUGGGCCACAAGCACUCCCAUGCCCACGGGGGUGGCGGCAAACAUGGCACUGACGGAGUGACACCAACUGUGUUGAGGAGUCCCAUUGGCCUGAGUAGUGAUGGCAAUUCCUCUAGUUCCGGCUCUUCGAGAAAGAAGUUGCACAGCAACGAUGCUUCUCACAACCACCACUCCAAAAUGAGCAAAAGUUCCAAAAGUUCAGGUAGUUCAUCUAGUUCUUGCUCUGUUAAGCAGUAUGUAUCCUCUCACAACUCUGUUUUUAACCUACCCUUACCCCCUCCUCCCCCUGUCACAUACCAGGUGGGCUACGGACAUCUCAGCACCCUCGUGAAACUGGACAAGAAACCAGUGGAGAACGGUCCUGAUGCCCAUCCCCAGUACAGUACAAACAGCCAGCAUAUGGACUACAAAGACACAUUCGACAUGCUGGAUUCGCUGUUAAGUGCCCAAGGAAUGAACAUGUAGUCAGUUCUUAGGAUGUUUUUCUUUACUUUUUUUUUGUUGUUUUUUUUUUUUAAUUUAAGAAUUGUUAGAAUGGAAAACUUCCUAAUAUAGCAGUGGCAACACCAGCUGUUGCUGCCGUGAUUUCAGUAUAUGUAAGUGCUGCUUUAUCCUUCACUCUGAGAAGAAGAGGUAUAGUAAACAAGUCUUUAUCUCCACAUAUGAUAGUGUUAUAAAUACUGUAAUAGCAUGGAAGGUGCAAAACUCUCAGUAUUUCUACGACUGCAGCUGAGAACAGUAGGAUGAACGCCCGCUUUUAGGUGCAUAGGAUGCCUCGAGCGUUGGUUAUUUAUGAUUUUCAAUACUGCAGCCACAACUUUUUGUUGCCUAGUUUUUGGAUGAGUGUCAUUGUUUUCUUGUGUAUUUAUACUGUAUGUAUGAUUUGCAUGUUUCAAAGAUAAAGGGAUUAAAAACAGUAUACUGACAACUGUUUACAAGGAAGUGGAGAAAAAUGUACAUACAUUUUUGUAUGUUUAGAUAUACCAUAAAUACUCAGGAUUGGAGCUGCUUGUAAGUGUAACAGAAUACACAUUAUUUUAUCUUGCCAGAGUCCAUCAGUUACUCAAACAAAGAUGGCACUUUGUCUUGUUUAUCUUUAAACUGUAGGCCUUAUCGGAAGCCGCUUAAAAGGGACACUUCACUGGAGGAGCAUCCAGGACCAAGUAGGGUCAGCACCACACAGUAUUAGCAGGGAGGCAGGAAAGGGGGUAGGCUCUGCCCACUCAGUAUGGCCACACCUCAGAAAUGUCCCUAGAUUUCUGAAGGAAAAAGGAAUUAAAAUAAAAGUUUACAUAAUCUUUUGAUGUGAAGUGCAUUUAAAUGUUUAUUGGCUUGAUGCAGUAAAGUAGACACAGAGCUGUUAAUAAUAAUGGUUAUGUAGAGUAAUGUGACUUAACUGCAAUUCAGAGCUGUCAUUGUGGGAAAAUCAUCUUUUUUUUUUUUAAAGAAAAAAUAAAUCAUAAUUUAUUCUAAUAGCGAGCAGGGGUCACUGUUCCCAUUACCAUUUCAGAAUAAUACCCACGUUCUGAAAUCCAAAAAGUGUACUUGUGUGUGAUGCCAUAUUUCUUUUACAGGUGAAUGCAGUCUUCACAGUAAAUAAGAAUAAAACUAUUGAUAUCCCAGCUUUAUAUUCCAACAAUAAAAUAGUUACCAGUGAUUCUGUGCAUUGUACUUGUCAUUAGUUACCAAAUUGGAAGAGGCUUGUUCUGGUUUUUUCAGCUCUGGGGGGGUUAGAAACCCCCUCAGUGUCCCAGUUAAACCACUGGCAUCCAUUUAAUCUGCCUGCGAGUGUCAGGGCUCGGCUGCUCUUCCCAGGGGCUUUGCCCGCAGGAGGAAUGACGGGUGUGAAUGUCCUUGUGUUCUCCAAGCCAGUACUGCAGCUCAGCCUCCUGGAGAGCAGAGAACUGACUUUCUGGGUUGUUACUCAAACUUUUCAAAGCUAUGAAGUACCUCAACAUGAACUCAGUAGAUUUCUAGUAGCAACAGCCAAUUUUCCGUGACUUCUUUUGACCAUGAUGUGAACUUUUGCUAAGCCGCCUCAUUCCCUCAGUGCUCCUUUAACUUUGUAAGUCCCCAAGGAACAUCUGCAGCUUUGCCCUUCCAGUUCUUUACUCACCUGUGCUUUACAUGAUAAAACUGUUCAAUCUCAGCCCGGUUGGUAGUUGCUGUAUGAUGUAACUACAGGUAUAUCAAUUACUAUGUAAUACUCUGUUUCCAGUAAUGCAAACGCUUGUAAUUACUUGAAUAAGUUUUAUUUGAACUAUGGAUACUUUUUUUACACUUUAAGGAAUAUUUAAAUGGAAACCUGAUUGCAUUUUCUGCUAUAUCUUAUCUUAAGUCAAGGCUCGUGUACAAAAUCCAAAGCUGUCUUAUCCCUACUGACUUGGUUAUUUUUUUACAUUGGGAAUGUAACUUCUUGUUACAAACUUCUGCAUUGUUGGAUAUUUUCUAUCCUUUUAUAGUCCCUUUCCUUUCCAUCUCAGUGCUACUCUUGGGUCUGAUUUGUAACCAAUGUAAUCUGCAUUAUAUACUGUCCUAAACCAGAGCCUGGGCAGAGAGAUGACAUAGCAGGAAACUCUUAAUUUGUCUUUGAAGCACUACAGUACUUUCUUUUUGAGUCUGUUUAAAUAGGUGUGCCAUGAAAUGCAUCUUAUACAGCCACUCUGGAUAAGCAAUAUAUUGUACUGUAUAUAUAGCAGUUUCUGUCACAACCUGGAGUUAAAAUGUCUGGAUGGUAACUAGUGCCUGUCUAAUAUACAUUGGAAUGAGCAUAGGCCUUCCUCCUAAGGUGCUGUUUCAAAAGAAUUAUUUCCUGUUUUGAUUCUGGGAAAUUGUGAAAUAAUAGUGGACAAAAUGUUGCUAUGCUACAUUGAGAUCCAAACAGUGGGUUUUGGUUUCUUUGUUAAGGAUGUCCAUAAAACUCAUGGGUUUGGUUUUCAAUGUCAUUGUAAAUAGGUGAAACUGUACGUGUCAUUGUGUUUGGAACUGAAUUCCAUGUGGUGAUCCCUGGGGCUGAGAGGGAGGGAGAGGAGAUGCAGCCAGGUGCCACUAGUUUGCCCUGACAGAAAUUAGUGACUGGUGUGAAUGGCAGCCUGGCUGAGGGGUGGGAAGGAAUGAAAACUGACGGGAUCGGCAUUGGCCUCACACGCGAAUGACUGAAUAAAUGCAAUAAAAGGCUCAAAGUCAACACUGUUCCUUUGUUCAUCACUUAUUACAGAUUUUUUGUUAUAAAUUUGAGUACAAGAAUUAUAUAAUUUGUAAAAUGACGCUGUAGUGGAGACCUUGGUACAACACUAUUAAAAAUCCUCCCUGUUUGUGAGAUCUGAGGUUUGUAGAAUAGUGAAAUUCUUUCGUAUGUUGAAUCUUGGUCUGUUCCUGAUGGUGGGAGUGCUGGGCUGAUGUAUCUCACUGUGAGCUGGGUCUUGGCUAUUUGCAUAACAUGGCAGGUCUGUACGUUCUUCUGGCUAACUGUAAAUAUAAAUGUUUCAUAAUAGCCUAGUUGCAUUUUUGAGGUACAGUGUGAGAUUAGAAAAAACUUUAUUUCUAAGAACUUGUAAAAAAAAAAGUAUUUUCAAUAAAAUUCCCUACCUCACCUCUAUUGU